UUUGCCGCUUCCGGGAUGUGCUGGGGCUCAGUCAGGGAGCUGACACUCAGACACCAUGAGCUCCUUCCCGGGCCGCAUGAAGGAGUAUCCCACUAUAGCCAUCGACAAGUUCGAUAAAGAGAAUCUGUCCGCCAGGGCUUACUUUCUCUCUCACUGCCACAAAGAUCACAUGAAAGGACUGCGUGCGCCCUUUUUAAAACGAAGAUUGCAGUGCAAACUAAAACUUUACCUGUAUUGUUCCCCAGUCACUAAGGAAUUAUUAUUAACAAAUCCAAAGUAUGCAUUUUGGGAAAAACACAUAAUCGCUAUAGAGAUUGAUACUCCAACUCAGAUUUCUUUACUUGAUGAGAUUACAGGUGAAAAAGAAGAUAUUUUGGUCACACUUCUACCAGCUGGUCACUGUCCUGGCUCUGUAAUGUUUCUCUUUCAAGGAUUACAUGGGACUGUACUUUACACUGGGGAUUUCAGACUGGCGAAAGGGGAAGUGGCUCGAAUGGAACUACUACACUCAGGAAACAGAGUGAAGGACAUUGAGAGUGUUUAUUUAGAUACAACAUUCUGUGAUCCCAAAUACUUUCAAAUCCCUAGUAGGGAGGAAUGUCUGAUUGGAAUUCUAGAGUUAGUCCGUAGCUGGAUCAAAAUGGGCCCUUAUCAUGUUGUAUGGCUAAAUUGCAAAGCAGCCUAUGGAUAUGAAUAUUUAUUUACAAACCUUAGUGAGGAAUUUGGCAUCAAGGUCCACGUGAAUAAACAAGACAUGUUUAAGAACAUGCCUGAUAUUCUGUGCCACAUAACGACUGACCGCCGCACUCAGAUUCACGCAUGCCGUCAUCCAGUGAAUGAAGAAUUUAUACAUGGCAACAGGUUACCAUGUGGGAUGCGCACCGAUGAUAAUGUCCCUCUGCGUGUCAUUAGUAUUAAACCAUCAACUAUGUGGUUCGGUGAGAGAAGCAGGAAAACCAAUGUAAUUGUAAGAACUGGAGAAAGUUCUUACCGCGCUUGUUUUUCUUUUCAUUCAUCAUAUAGUGAGAUUAAAGAUUUUUUGAAUUACAUUCAGCCAAUGUAUGCUUAUCCCAAUGUGAUUCCUUUGGGGAAAACAAAAAAAAAUGUAGAAGAUAUUUUGAAGCCAUUUUGUAGGUCUAAUUCUGACAGUUCAGUUGUAUUGUAUAAACCCCUAGGAACUCUGAAAAGACCGAAAACCACAGACCCGUCAAACACAGAUGAAGACUAUGUUGAUUUAUUUGAUGACCACUCACUGACUUAUUUGAGGAGCAAGAUUUCCAGAGGGUGUAAGUGGACAUCAGAGAUUGUAAAAGAAUUAAAUGUCUCAUCCAAAGAUCACCAUAAAGUUGAUAUACCCAUAGGUCCAAGCGAAGCCUCGAUUAACUUUUCUUUGCAAACAAACUAUGUGGACUGUGAGGAAUCCAAUGGAGAGGAUGAGGAAGAUGAAGAAGAUCUUAAAGAAGAUGAAUCUCCUACAGUACAUUCCAAUACCACAAAUGGGUACAUGACAUCUAAAAAAAUGAAUGAAGAGAAUAAAGUGGCCAGUGGCUCUCAAAAUGUGACUGCUGAUCCAGAGGAUGAUGCUGUGCCCAAGUGGUGCACUUUCUUUCAUUGUGCCAUUACGAAAGAUAAUCUUUCUGACCCACAGGAGUGUGUUUCAGCUACUGGUGAACACAGAGGUUCUCAGUCCCCUCUUUUAAGCGAUUCAGACUCUGAUUCAACUCAUAUUUCCUCCAUAAAUUCCUCCCAGUCCACCCAUAUCUCAGAGCAAGGCAGCCAAGGAUGGGAUAAUCAAGCUGACACUUUACUGCUGUCAACUCAAGAAAAAGCUGCUGCAAAUGUAUGCACUUUAAACAGAUACCCUUAUCUUGUAUCCGGUUUUGGAGAAAAAGUGUUUACAGAAGCAUCUGUAGCUGAGGCAGCACAAACAAAUGAUCGCGAUCAUCAUGAUGAAACAUCCAGCGUCACAUCUCCAGUAAGACCUGUUCCGGAUAGAAGGAAAGGCGAUUCACAGGGGGAAGAAGGCGACCAUGCCAUUUUGAAGUCAAACUCCCAGAGCUCCUCUGACUUUGAAAUCCCUUCUUCACCUGGUGUUGAGCAACCUAAAUCACCUGUGCUGCAAUAUUUAUAUGAACGCCUAGCCACAGGGGAGCCUCUCAUGACAGACAGGCAACUGUAGCAUUUUACCGGUGUGUGUGUGUUUUUCUUUUUAGGUUUUUUUUUGUGUUUUUUUUUUUGUCAACUUACAUUGCUGCUGAUAUUUUAUUGAAUUGCUUUUUGUUCAUUCCUAUUUCUAAGCGACCAACAGAGACAAUUGUUUUGGUUUUCUCCAUAUAAGACUGCUGUUAUACAGUCGAAUUAACUACACAUAUCAGGGAUCAUUGUUUGUUUAUUGUUGCAAUAUUUAUAGACUAUUUUGGCACAAAUCUGUUUUGAAAUCUUUUAUUUUUUGUUUUCUAUUUCUCAUGGUUUUAUCUUUGCUAUAAAAUAAGUUUAAAAAGUUGAGCUGGUAUGACAAUAAGAUCUGUACAAUUAUGUAAUGCAUAAAAUAUUUGUUUUUAACUUAAAAUCAAGCUAGACCUUUUCUCUAUA